GUUGCCAGAUCCUCUCCCUCAGUUCUCCAGUCUGUGAAACUCAACCUGCAACAGAAGAAAGAUGGCAUUGAAUAUUGUGAUUUUUAAACAAACAAACGUAUUAGAUGGAAAAAACAUGAGAAUUUUAUGUCAGUAAGGGGGAAAAAACAUGGGAAUUUAAUGUCAGUAGUUGUCAUCAUUAUGUGCAUAAUCCUUAAACAUUUUAGACAUAUUGUAUAAACAAGAAAAACAGCAGAAUGGGACCUUGAGCACCACACAAAGUUCUUAGUUUUUGUUACAGUAAUGGUGGAGAUUAGAGUAUUUUGCUUUUUUGUGGUAUUGGUCAUAAAGUUUGACUGUCAAUGCUUUUAAACUCGGUGUGUAUUCAUCGAUGUAUUACUAGAACAUGUAGUUUUACAGUCAAUCCGAGAGUGCCAGGAGAUAAAGUCCAACAUGACAUUUCACAAAAUAUCAUUAAUGAGUAAACUUUAUGGUUCAGUUAAAUCUCUCUUAUCAGGAAUAAGGGAUUUUGGAAUGACAGUUAGAAGGACAAAACGCAUAAUUCCAUCCAUAUGAUCUUGUCACUAUGAUCAUAACAGUUAAUUCACACCCACUAUCCUACCACUCUCGUCACGGGCUUUAUUAGAGGAGGACAGAGCUGGUUAGACAUUCAGAAGGUGCAGGGCUCUGACAUUCAAACAUUAUGCUUAAGGAGGUGUUGUUGUGUCUCCUCGCAGGAGCAGGGGUUUUUACUGUAGGGAUUCUGCUGGGACACUUCGCCAUUGACAAGGGCAGUUCGUUGCCAGAGUGGGCCCAGGAUGCAUCUCGUGAUGUGGAUGAAAGUAUCAUUCAGAAAUUCCUUGCAGAAUUGGACACCAAUGAAAUUAAAGAGAACCUCAGGGAGCUGACUAAGGUUCCCCACAUGGCCACCACACCUGGAGAUGAAGCAACUGUAGAUUUUAUGCUGAAGAGAUGGCAGGACCCCAAAACAGGCUUGGACAGUGCAUGGAGAGAGGACUACAAGGUGUAUCUGUCAUUCCCUAACAAAACAAACCCCAACAACGUCUCUGUUGUUGAUCCAGAAAAAGGAGUCCUGCAUACGGCAAGAGAGAAAGAGAAAACAUACAAACCAGAGCAGGACGACCCAGAGGUGGUCCAGCCUUACGCAGCAUAUUCCCCUGCAGGAAAUGUCAAGGGAAAACUUGUCUAUGCAAACCAAGGUAAAAUGAGUGACUAUGAGCUGUUAAACCAAACACUGGAUCUGACGGGAUGCAUCGCCAUCACCAGAUACGGAGGAGAAGGGAGAUCGAAAAAAGCUAUAAACGCAGCCAAGUUCGGAAUUGUUGGGGUGCUGGUCUAUACUGAGCCAUAUGACAUUAAUGAUGGCCUGGUGUCAGAAAGUGAAACCUACCCUCACUCCUGGUAUCUGCCACCCUCUGGCGUCGAGCGAGGCUCGUACAACAUUGACUUUGGAGACUUGUUAACACCUUACCUAGCUGCAAAAGAUGAUACCUACAGAAGACCAAAAGAAGAAAUAACGGGUAUUCCACCAAUUCCAGCACAGCCAAUAGGGUUUGAGGAUGCUGAAAAAUUAAUCUGUGAGCUCGAUGGGGACGAUGCCCCUGAAGGAUGGCAAGGCUCACUUAACUGUACAUACAAACUUGGUGGGCCAGGGUUCAAACCCACAUCUCCCUACAACAACAGCAAUGUACACUUGGACAUUUAUAACACAGAGAGGCUGGAAAAUUCAGCGAAUGUUAUGGGAGUAAUCCGAGGCAGUGUGGAGCCAGACAGGUAUGUCAUCUACGGGAACCACAGAGACAGCUGGGUGCACGGAGCCAUCGACCCCAGCAGCGGCACAGCAGUGAUGCUAGAGAUCACCAGAGUGCUGGGGAAGAUGGUGAAGGAAGGGAAAUGGAGACCUCGGCGGUCCAUUAUCUUUGGCAGCUGGGGAGCUGAAGAAUUUGGCCUUAUUGGAUCUGCAGAAUACACAGAGGAGUACUUCAGUAAGCUGAGUGAACGCACUGUGGCGUACAUCAACGUGGACAUCUCAGUGUUUGCGAACGCCACUCUCAGGGCUUCUGCUUCUCCAGCAGCACAGAGUGUGCUUUUUACUGCCUCCAAACAGGUAAAUGCACCUGGAACAAGCAAAUCAGUCUAUGAUAACUGGAUACAAUAUUUCAACAGAACCAGUCCAAAUUAUGGGAUUAUACCAAAUGUGGGCUUCUUGACAGGAGCAGGAAGUGAUUACGCUGCUUUUAUGCACUACCUUGGAGUAACUUCUAUGGACAUUUCCUAUUAUUAUGACACGAGAAAAACAAGAGCGCGCAUCUACCCAGCCUACCACACCGCUUAUGACACCUUUGACUAUGCAUCUACGCACAUUGAUCCAGGUUUCACAAGUCACCAGGCAGUUGCCAGGACAGCUGGGAAUGUGCUGGUGCGAUUGGCUGACAGCCUUCUGUUGCCUUUUAACUGCAGUGACUAUGCAGAAAGUCUGGAGCAGUACCUCAGUCAGGCGGUUACAGCAUUUGAGGGAAAACUUGCGGCUAAUGGAGUCUCUAUGGAAUCCUUGAAGAAAGCUGUGCAGUUAUUCCGAGAGACAGCCACCAAACUGGACCGUUUGAUCAGGGAUUCAGAUCUUGCAAAAGAAACGCCUCUGAAGGCUCGCAGAAUUAAUGACCAGCUCAUGCUGCUGGACAGGGCUUUUCUUGACCCAUUAGCGUUCCCAGAAAAAUAUGCUUUCAGGCACGUGAUAUGGGCAUCGAGGUCAUCGAGUGUGCCCACCUUCCCCGGCCUGGCAGAUGCAGUAGAGCAGGCUGAGCGCACCGGGCUGAAGGAAGACUGGGAUCAGGCUCAUAAACACUUAUCCAUCGUCACACAGGCCAUCGCAGGAGCUGCACACACACUGGAUGAUGUGAUUUAAUGCAUCAUCCAGAAACUUCAGACUUUAACAUUUCCACAAAGAGAGGGAGAAAUAUUUGCUGUUUUUGCCAAAUAAAUUUCCUAGACAUUUUAAAAUGAAUAUUUCCGCUGUCAGAGGGUGUACAGAUGUAAAAAAUCAUUCUGAAUUACCACUCCCAGCAGAUUGCUAGUGCACUGUUAAACAAAAACCUGUUUUCUGAUAAACAAUUGUUUGACAAGUUGUUUAUAGUAAAAACAUAAUUUGCCUGCAAUGAAGAAUGGGAGUUAUUAAAGGGAUAGUUCACCAAAAAAAUUUAAA